AUGGCAGCCAUUCAUGUUCUUGUUGUGUUUCUUUCAUGCAUUUCAACUGCGGUGAGGUGUGAGGGUGAUGAUGAUGACGUGUAUGCUCGAGAGAUUCUAAGUUCAGCCCAAAGGGAAAAAGAUUGGUUGGUUUCAGUGAGAAGGAAGAUUCAUCAACAUCCAGAAUUGGCUUUCCAAGAACACAACACAAGUGCUCUAAUCCGCAGUGAACUUGACAAACUUGAUAUACCUUAUACAUACCCAGUUGCCAAAACUGGUGUAGUUGCACAAAUUGGUUCUGGUUCUCCUCCGAUCAUCGCUAUUCGUGCUGAUAUAGAUGCACUCCCCUUGCAGGAGCUGGUUGAGUGGGAAUACAAGAGCAAAAUCGAUGGCAGAAUGCAUGGUUGUGGACAUGACGCUCAUGCUACUAUGCUACUUGGGGCUGCAAAGUUGCUUAAUCAGCGCAAAGAUAAGCUUAAGGGAACUGUGAGGCUUCUAUUCCAACCUGCAGAGGAGGGAGCUAAAGGUGCCUCACAAAUGAUAAAAGAAGGAGUUCUUCAAGAUGUUGAAGCAAUUUUCGCUCUUCAUAUUGAUGCUAUGACAUCUACCGGAGCCAUAGCAUCGAUUCCAGGUCCUUUUACAGCUGCUGGAUGUAUCUUUGAAGCAAAAAUUGUAGGAGUAGGUGGCCACGCUGCAUUCCCGCACUUGACUGUAGAUCCCGUGCUGGCUACAUCAUUUGCAAUAUUGGCCUUGCAACAGCUUGUCUCGAGGGAAAUUGAUCCUCUUCACAGUCAAGUGCUGUCGAUUACUUAUGUCAAAGGAGAGAACGCGUUAAACGUGAUCCCACCCUAUGUUAAAUUUGGAGGUACUCUAAGGAGCCAGACAACUGAAAGCAUGUACCACUUCAGACAGAGAUUAAAAGAGGUUAUUGAAGGACAAGCAAGUGUGCAUCGAUGUAAAGCAUAUGUUGAUUUCAUGGAAAAAUACCACACGCCAUAUCCUGCUGUUGUCAACGACAAAGAUUUACAUCUACAUGUCAAUAGAGUUGGCCGACUUCUGCUUGGUCCAGACAAUGUCCAUGAAGCAAAGAAGGUGAUGGCAGGUGAAGAUUUUGCGUUUUAUCAAGAAGUGAUUCCUGGAACAUUGUUUUCCAUUGGAGUCAGAAAUGAGAAAGUAGGAUCAGUUCACUCCCCACACUCUCCGUUUUUCUUUCUUGAUGAAGAAGUUCUUUCAACCGGAGCAGCUCUCCAUACAGCUGUCGCUGAGUUGUAUUUAAGUGAGCAUAGUAUUUAG